CAUCAGACGGAGGGCAAACACGUCUGCGGAGGUGUGCAGAGGUAUAUAUACAGCAACCAUCCUGAUGGUCCUGUAUUACAUAUGCACACACACACACACAGGAAAGUUGAUCCAUCAGUGACCCAGGACGGACCUUUCUCCUGAUUUCAGGACAGAUUCACCUGAACCUGCACCUCACCAGGGUAAAUAAUCCAACAUGGCGGCAGGUGUGAUGGCAAACUUCCUCAUGCCGGCCCAGACACCAGCCUACUUCCCCCUGAUUUUCCAGGACUCUCCAUGCAAGGAAGAUGAAGAGGAGAUGCAGGAGGAAAAGAUGGAACUGAGGGACGAAGAAGAAGAAGAAAAAGAAGUCGAUGAAGAGGAUGAGGAGGAGGAAGAUGAAUCCGAGGCUCAAGAAGAAGACCAGGAGGUUUUUUUAAGCCCCGCCCAGUGCGCUUUGGAUGUGACCAAGCAGCUCCUGAGGUUUGCAGACCUCAUCAGCCGUGAUGUCCAGCGGUAUUUCGGCCGCUGUUCCAGUGAACAAGAAACCUGUGACAUUUACAGCGACUCACUCUCUACGACAACCAGCGGGCGUCUGCGAUAUUACGAUGACUUGCUAAAAAUCGCAAGAGCGGGAAGUCCUGAGGAGCAGGAGAACAGCUUUGUGUCUUGUGGGGAGGAACAGGGAGUUGGUGGUUUGGGGCCUCUGGCUGAACUGUUCGACCACAAGGGCCAAAGUCAGGGCCGCGGGCGCCCGAUGAUAAAGCGUCAUCUCCCGCUAAGUUUCUGGACUGAGCCCAUCCCGUGCUGCUCCCUGGUCAGUUUCAACACAUCUGACAUCACACACACAAACAGUGACACACCUUUACAGGACAGCACACACAUUCACUACAAUCUGCUGCAACACCACAACGCACACACCCUCGACAGCGCUCAGCCGGACUUCAGCGACCUACUGGCAAACUGGGAUCCAAACCCAGAGCUCACACACACACUAACAGAGAACACACACAUGCAACAUUAGACACACAAAAUAC